AUGCCCCCUCAACCCCACCUCCGAGGAAACGACAGCCAUAUUAGCUCAACACAGAUCCGCCCCGUUCGAUUCCCCCUCUCCUUCGAUGCGCAGAACCUGCUGCAACAAGAAGCCAGCAAGCUCCGCGCGACCGUCAAGUUCCAGUACUUUCCCGAAUGCGCACGGCUGGUGCGCGAGCAUCUUGGAGCCGCGCAAGCCGUCCCUUUUGACUGGCGGCAACGGCAGCGGCAACCCCUGAGCAGCGUGAAGCCGGACUGGAGCCACGGCAUGCAACCGCCGAAGACGUGUCUCCGCCAGGCUUUGGGAGACGAGGAAGCCGCGUUCUGGGUCGCGCGUGGGUGGGUUGUGGUGUGUCUUUCGCGCGGGCUGAUGCUGGGGGAUGAAGAGGUGAAGUUGGCCCUUGAGCACGACUCUAAGGUGGAUAGUGCUGUUAGGGAUAGUCUAGGAAGCUCCGAUGUAGCUGGGAGCGGGCCGUGUAUUGAGGUGCGGGUGUUGGCGUUGCUGAAAUAA